AUGGAUCAGCUGGAAACGGGAAUAAUGAUUGAAAUAUGGUCUGUAAUUCUACCCAGGUUUCACAGAACCAGUCAGAGUCUCCAAGAUGCAAAAUUAGAUUUACAUACAGCAACAGGCAUGCUGAACUCUCUGAAGGAUUUUGUUCAGUCUCUGCAUUCUAGAUUCUCUGAAUUUGAACAGCAGGGCAAAGAUAUUACCUGCUGCGACGAGUACCAGCUUCAACGUGGAAGGAAAAUUAAAAGAAAUAAGAAGUGGGACUAUGGUGAUGCAGAAGAUGCUGAUAUGACACCAUCUGAAAAGUUUAAAGUGAACACCUUUUAUCUUAUUAUUGACCAACUGACAGAAUCACUGAGGCACAGACAAGCAGCAUACAGCGUCAUUCAGGAAAGAUUUGGCUUGCUGUUAGAAAUGUGCACUCUAGCAACAGAUGGUCUAUGCUCCAAAGCCAGAACACUAGUGACACAAUAUCCUGAAGUUCUCGACCCCUUGUUUGCAGAUGAAAUUGUACAGUUUGCCUCUCUUUUCAAAAUUUACCAGUCUUUCCCUGCAAAAAAAGUAAUUAAUGAGAGUCAAGAACUACAAAUGUACAAGUUUCUGGUCACACAAUCUCUAGUCGGUGCAUUUCCAUACACACGUGACCCUCCGCAUGUAUUUGUGUUUAAUGGUCAGCAACUGCAGUGGUGA